AUGGCAUCCAAGGAUCGCAGCCCUCCGAAGUUUCCCUCUCCACAAUCAAUACCCCUGCAAGACUUACCUCGACCUCCAGAUGAUGACGAUAGGCAGAGCCCAAGAAGUGGUGGGCGGACGAGUUUGCGCAGUCCUCGGACGAGUGUUUUCGGAAGGAUACAAGGAGCCAGAUACGAACGGUUGCAAGAGGGUUCUCCCAGCCCGCCAUCUAGGUCGGAAGCCGACAAUCCACAAUCUGCCACAUCUAGACUUCAAAUAUCACCAUUUGUAUCGAACCAAGAGGCGCAUUCUCCGGUGGAUGAUCUGCCUACCUUUGCAGCCGCUACCAGCUCAAUAGGUUUAAGCUUUGGAGCGCGGGAGCCAUCAGACUUUUCUCCUAGAAGCACAGACAACGAGCCAAUUGGACCAGCUAUAAAUGUCACAACUUCUAAUGACUUCUACCUUCAAGCGGGACGGCAUCCAAGCCUUGAGUCUGAAGAUCAGCUGCCGCCAGGCGAUGCAGACACAGUACCUUUGACCAGCGGGCCAUAUCUACAUCCAGCUCUAAGACCCGGCACAAAUACUCCGAAUGGACAGAGACAUGACAGGCAAGGAAAGCUGGAAAGCAAAAGACAAAGCGUGCACUGGACCGAUGCCGAGGUUGUAGGACCAAUCCCCCAAAGAUCACCAGGUUCCAGACUUGGGGACGACCUUCCCAACGUAGAAGAAGGACAGGGUUUGCGCAGGAUGGAGAGCACUACAAACGGAAUCGGCAGGCUCACGUCCGUGUCGGGUCGCGAAAGAUCGAGAUCACAAUCGCCGUCUGCUUCAAUCUCUCCCAUAGCAAGGGCUAAUUCGAUACUACGAAUGAUGUCGCAAAGAGUUGUCAACCUGAGUAACGACGCAGAAGUCGUUGAGCAGAGUAUCAGACGGAAAUCGUCGGUCGGAUCGUCAAGAAUGGAUGGCCCACCAUCUCUUCCAGCAAUGGUGAACGACGAACACGGCGAUCCGUUUGGAGGAGAAGUAGAUCCGUCGAGUCCUGUCGAAAAGCUCCCGUCGGUCGCAGACGAUCACGACAGUCAUAACCCCUUCAUUCUCCUAAAUCCGCUUAGGGGAAAAUCACUGGGCGUGUUUGGUGCAGAAAAUAAGUUACGCAAGGGACUCUGCGAAAUGCUUGUUCAUCCAGUAACGGAGCCCCUGAUCCUUAUUCUUAUUGUGGUACAAACAGUUCUGUUGGCUCUUGACUCAGCCCAGUCCGUUUACGUUGACCCUCGAUCUAAAAGAUGGGGCUCUUCAAGGACAGACUAUGCAUUGUUUGUGUUGUUUGUUAUUUACACACUUGAGAUCAUUGCUCGUACCAUUGUCUCAGGCUUCAUCCUGAAUCCGACAGAGUAUAGUACUCUUGAUCGGUCUCUUGGACUGAGGAAAGCCAUUCUCAAUCAAGGACGAAACCUUUUCGCGCCUCAGCGGCAGCGAUCAACCAGAAAUGCAGCUACCGUGCCUGAUCAGCCAUCCAUCAUCCGCUCAUUCACCGGCUUACAGCCGAACAUUGACGUGCCUGGGCAUGGCAGACAACAGCAACGAAUUAGGCUCGCUAAACGAGCGUUUCUUCGCCAUUCUUUCAAUCGACUGGACUUCAUUGCCGUCGUCUCCUUCUGGAUUUCCUUCGCGCUGGCUAUCUCACAAGUCGAAUCCGAGAAGCACCUUUAUGUUUUCCGUAUGUUGAGCGCCACGCGUAUUCUACGCUUGCUGGGCCUGACAUCUGGAACAUCAGUAAUACUACGAAGCCUGAAGAAAGCUGCUCCGUUACUCGUCAAUGUCGCCUUCCUGAUUGGCUUCUUCUGGCUGCUGUUCGCCAUCGUUGGUGUACAAAGUUUCAAAUCAAGUUUACGGCGGACGUGUGUAUGGGUAGGGCAGAAUGGUCUUCCCGAUUACCCGCAGAACAUAGCCCCUCAAAGUAUACAGUUUUGUGGUGGUCAUUUAGACGCAAGGACUGGCGAGGCCAUGCCUUGGAGAACGGCCGAUGGACGAAAUGGCACGGCAAAGCAUAAAGGCUAUCUUUGUCCGCAGGGCUCUCUAUGUGUGGAGGGUGGUAAUCCUUACAAUGGGACACUCAGCUUCGACAACGCGGCAAAUUCGCUCCAACUGGUGUUCGUGGUUAUGAGCUCGAAUACGUUCUCAGACCUUCUCUACUACCUCACAGAUACAGAUUACCUUGCGGCAGCGCUCUUCUUUGCCGCAGCGAUCGUCAUAAUGAGCUUAUGGCUGAUGAAUUUGCUAGUUGCUGUCAUCACCUCCUCGUUUCAAAUCAUCAGAGAAGAGAGCCAGAGAAGCGCGUUUACAACAGAACGUAUAGAGGAGACUGUCACUGAUGAAGCAGUAACCAAACGUAAAACUCCACUGAGCAGGUUGUACGACAAGACGUUCUGGUUCUGGAUCGCCGUCAUCGUCCUUGGACUGGUGGGCCAGUGUCUUAGAAGUUCUAGCAUGGGCGACGACAGACGAAAGCUCGUUGAUAACACAGAAACCGUCGUGACUCUAGCACUCCUUUUGGAAAUCGUUCUGAGAUUUGCAAGUGACUGGAGACAUUUCUUCUACAGCAGGCGUAACUGGGCUGAUUUAAUCCUGGCUGUUGUGACAUCCAUCAUCCAACUUCCUCCUAUUCGGAAUUCUGGUCAGGCAUAUGCUUGGCUGAGUGCAUUUCAAGUGGCCAGGAUCUAUCGAGUCGUCUUGGCCUUUAGCGUGACUCGGGACCUCAUAUUAGUUGUCUUUGGUAAUAUUGGUGGUCUCUUGAACCUCAUUGUCUUUGUGUUCCUGAUCACUUUCCUCACGGCCAUUCUCGCGUCCCAGCUCUUCCGUGGAGAAUUUCCGGAACAAGAUAGAACUGGAGCUACCGUUCGAAUUACGUUCUUCAACAUUUACAACUCCUUCAUUGGAAUGUAUCAAGUCCUGUCAAGCGAGAACUGGACCAGCCCCAUGUACAACGCAACACAGUUUGAUGUGCAGUUCAAUACCGCAUGGUUAGCAGCAAUAUUCUUCAUUAUGUGGUUUAUCCUAGCAAAUUUCAUUGUUCUGAAUAUGUUCAUUGCUGUGAUCCAGGAAAGUUUUGAGGUUUCGGAAGAUGAGAAACGACUUCAGCAGGUCAAGUCAUUCCUGCAGCAGAAACAGCUAAGCGGAUCCUCUCACAGUAAUUUGUCGCUCGCAUCAAUACUCAAGGUUGGCAGAGACUCGUUGCGACGAAGAGAUCCAUUGGACUAUGGCCCGGCAUCAAUGGAGAUGCUUUUGAAGGAAGCGGUCGUUAAAGAAUUCCUUGAGGAGCAAGAUGAGACCCCGAUUCGACGUCAAACCGACUUACCCACACCCACUCUGCCUAUCGCCACCGUGGAUACUGGGGUACUAUCCGCUCUCUGGGGCAAAAUCACCGGCCUGAAUACUCAUCGGGAGCAGAAUCCCUUCUACUCAAAAAUGAAAUUUUCGCGUGCUUAUGAAGACCUAGAUCCCCAAGCGAUGGCUAAGGAAGUCUUGUCAGCUGCCGAGCAGAGAAGAAGAGCGCAGCGUCAGUACUUGGCACGCCAUCCUAGGUAUAAUGUGUCUCUGUUCAUGUUUGGGCCAAAUAACCCCGUCCGUCGGUUUUGCCAGAAAAUCGUUGGUCCUGGAAGAGGUGAUCAAAGAAUAGAAGGGGUCGAUCCUUACAAACCGGUGUGGUACUCAUUCUCAGCCUUUAUAUACCUUGCGAUUGUGGCUAUGGUGCUGCUGGCGUGUCUCACUACUCCUUUAUACCAACGAGAGUACUUCGAAAGAUAUGCACUCAAUUUUCGCACUUGGUUUAUCUGGACUGAUAUGGGUUUUGCGAUCUUUUUUACCUUGGAGGCAGCCAUCAAAGUUAUUGCAGACGGGCUCUUCUUCACCCCGAAUGCCUAUUUCCGGGGCACGUGGGGCUUCAUCGAUGGAAUCGUUCUCGUCACUCUAUGGAUCAAUGUCAUCACCUCACUCUACCGGGAUGACGGCGUAUCAAGAGCUGUUGGAGCAUUCAAAGCUCUUCGAGCAUUACGACUGCUGAAUGUAAGCGACAGUGCUCGAGACACAUUUUACUCUGUCAUCAUCCUCGGUGGUUGGAAGGUCAUAUCCGCCGCGUUUGUGUCUAUCAGUCUGUUGAUACCUUUCGCUAUCCUCGGGCUCAAUCUCUUCAAUGGUCAGAUGGAGUCUUGUAAUGAUAGCAACUUUGGACACCCAGAGCUAUCGAACUGUGUGGGUGAAUACCAAUCGGCUCCGUACAACUGGCCGGUGCUCGCUCCAAGACAAGUCUCGAAUUCAUUUUACAGCUUCGACAACUUCGGCAACUCGCUUUUCAUACUCUUCCAGAUUGUGUCCCAGGAAGGGUGGACGGAUGUCAUGUGGAGUGCUAUGAGCAUGACCGGGAAAGGCAUCCAACCCAAGCCGUUUGCUGCCCAAGGGAAUGCGGUCUUCUUCAUAAUCUUCAACCUGCUCGGCGCUGUCUUCGUGCUCACUCUGUUUGUGUCUGUGUUCAUGCGCAAUCACACAGAACAGACUGGAGUUGCCUUUCUGACGGCAGAUCAGAGGUCCUGGCUGGAAUUGAGGAAGCUGCUCCGCCAGAUCUCCCCAGCCAAGCGCUCACUCGGCAAGACGAGCCGGGCAUGGCAAAAGUGGUGCUAUCGCAUGGCAAUACAGAAGCACGGCAUGUGGCAACGAUCUAUCACUGGUGUCUUACUUCUACAUCUAGUCUUGUUGGUCAUCGAGUUCUAUCCGUCUGUGGGCUGGUGGGACAAGCUACGAGAUUCUCUUUUCUUGGGAUUCACGGGUGUCUACAUUGUCAACAUAGUGAUCCGCAUUAUUGGACUUUCAUGGGAACGCUUCCGACGCAGUUCCUGGGAUCUGUAUUCCAUCGUCACCGUCUCUGGCGUCUUUCUCACCACGGUGAUGACCCUUGCAAGCUACAGCAACAGAACAUUCGAUCAACUACAAAAACUCUUUCUCGUCUCAAUUGCUUUUCUUCUCAUACCUCGGAAUAACCAGCUCGACCAGCUCUUCAAGACUGCAGCUGCUUCUUUCACCAAGAUUGGUAACCUCUUGGCUACCUGGUUCGUUUUAUUCCUCGUUUAUGCUAUUGCCUUCACCCAGACGCUGGGCCUGACACGGUUCGGCGCCAAUGAAAAUGGCAAUUUGAAUUUCCGGGAUGUGCCGAGAGCGUUGAUCCUGUUGUUCCGAAUGAGCUGCGGCGAAGGCUGGAACCAGAUCAUGGAGGAUUAUGCCGGGAUCAAGCCGCCAUACUGCGUGGCCGAUGAAAGCUUCUUCAACAGCGACUGCGGUAGUGCGGUGUGGGCUCGAACGCUUUUCAUCUCCUGGAACAUCAUCAGCAUGUACAUCUUUGUGUCACUGUUCGUCUCCUUGAUAUUCGAAAGUUUUUCCUAUGUGUACCAGCGUAGCAGUGGCCUUUCAGUGAUCUCCCGUGAGGAGAUUCGAAGAUUCAAGCAGGCGUGGGCUGAAUUUGAUCCAAACGGCACAGGUUAUAUCUCCAAGGAUCUUUUCCCAAAGUUGCUGAGGGAGCUCUCUGGUGUCUUCCAGAUGGGAAUCUAUGAUGGCGAACACUCGGUUCGAAGCAUUCUCGAAGACUGUCGGAUUCAAUCUAGGGACUUUCCACGAUCCUCCAUCCAAUCUGGCAAAGCUGUUGAAGGUGUCGACCUCAAUAUGCUAAAUGCACGUCUCAGCACAAUCCCGGUCAAUGAAAUUCGGCAGCGACGGGCACGUAUGAAUAUCUUCUACCAGGAAAUCCUGGUAUCUGCUGAUCCCGAGCGUGGGAUUCCCUUCACCUCGCUUCUGAUGAUCAUCGCUCAUUACAACGUCAUCAAUGAUACCAAGAGUCUAAGGUUAGAAGAGUUUCUUCGGCGUCGCGCUCAACUGCAAAGAGUAGAAGAAGCAGUACGUCGCAAUACUGUUGUUGGGUUCAUCGAUACUAUCUACUGGUCUCGCUGGUUUCGGAGGGAAAGAUCUGCUCGAGGAGCUUCACGGAUGGGCGCGCCUCCUCAAAUAUCUGUACCCGAGAUAUUUGUGGAUCAUCCCGAUGACGAAAUCGGCCGCAGCGAAGGGACAUUGCCCAGGGACUUCACCGAGACAGCUCCUGCGACACCAGUGCAGGGAGCAGACCGAGCAGACCGAGCAUCCUUAUCGAGUGGCUAUGAUGCUGGCAGAGUGUCCUCGAUGGAUACGUCGCUUCGCAGAAGAGACUCCAGAAGCAAUUCACCAACGCGGUUGGAUCCUUCGCCCACUGCAGGCCCUCCUCUAGCAUCCCAGCAAUUACACGGCGUGGACACAUCUUAUCAAGGAGCAGGAAAUGGGCCCCGCUCAGAGUCACCAGGGCGCCUCUCCCCCAGUCACUCGCCCAGCCAUUCACCUCGACAUUCCCGGCAAGGAAGUUCUGUCAGCGCGCGUGGUGUGUUGGCUAGUUUGGACAACUCAGCUUGGGGUGAAAGUAUCAGGAGGAGUUUUACAAUGAGAAGACCAAAUUCUACAUCUCAGUCCUAA